UCCAGCCGUAGGCGGUGACCCGGCGGCACCGCGCAGGCGCGGCAGAGCCAGGCAGCACCGCGCAGGCGCCGCGGAGCCGCGCGGAGGAAGUUUGAACGGUGGCGGGUACCGGAGCCGCUGAUGGAGUCCGUGCUGAAAGGUAUAUGUGCAUUUGUAGAGGUUUGGUCAUCGAGCAGAACAGAAAAUUACUCGAAAGCCUUUGAGCAGCAACUUCUUGAUAUGGGAGCAAAAGUUUCAAAAACUUUCAACAAGCGGGUCACACAUGUAGUCUUCAAAGAUGGACAUUCAACUACAUGGAGAAAAGCACAGAGCACCGGUGUAAAGAUUGUUUCUGUACUCUGGGUGGAGAAAUGUCGAGAGACUGGAGUACGUGUUGAUGAAUCUAUGUUUCCUGCAGUAUACAAUAAUGAGGGCUUACCACUAAAACACAAAUGUAUGCAGCCAAAGGACUUUGUUGAGAAAACUCCAGAAAAUGAUAGAAAACUGCAGAGAAGACUGGACCAGAUGGCUAAGGAAUUAGCUCAACAAAGGAUAGGAAUUAAUGCAGAAACUGAUAUACCGGUUUUACUGUUUGAAGAUGAUGGUUCACUUGUGUAUAGCCCUGUUUCUAAAAUAAGAAAUCAAUGCAGUGAAAUGGAACGAAGAAUAAAUGAGAUGAAGGAGAAAAGAGAAAAUCUAUCUCCUACAGCUUCCCAAAAGUUUCAAGCACCUCUAUGUUGCUCACAAGGAGACUGCCCAUUGUCUACCUCUGUAACUAACUCAGAAGACACGUUAUUGCAAGGAGAAAAAAAGAAAGACUGCUUAAACUCAAGCUGUGAUGACUUUUUCGGAACUAUUACAUCAAAGAGACAGAAAAAAGACGUAGAAAACAUCUGCGAUACUCAGACUCAUACUCACGUUUCUAUGAGUGCUUCAGUGAAUUCUCCCUCAUGUGGCUGUGACCAGAAGAGCUUAAUCCAGAAGCAAUCUAGCAGAAGAACUUUAGGUGAUGAAAAUUGUGUGUCAGAGUAUGAUGUUACUUAUGGUUCUUGCAAAGUUUUUAAUGAACAAAAAAAUAAGCACAAAGGGAUGGUAAGAAAAAACAGAAGACUCCAAAAGCCAACAAGGACACUAGUCAUGACGAGCAUGUCUUCUGAGAAACAAAGUGUAGUAAUUCAGGUGGUGAAUAAACUGGGAGACUUCAUGUUCUCAGACGAUGUAUGUGAAACAACAAGCCAUGUAGUUACAGGGAGUCCUCGUCGUACCUUGAAUGUUAUGCUGGGAAUUGCUCGUGGGUGUUGGAUUGUUUCUUAUGAAUGGGUUCUGUGUUCUUUGGAAUUUGGGCACUGGAUCUCGGAGGAACCAUAUGAACUUUCUUCCAACUUCCCAGCUGCUCCUAUCUGCAGGCUGCAGCGUCACCUAUCAGCAGGAAACUACCAGCUGAGUCUGUUCUCAAACCAGCCUGUGAUGUUUGUAUCUCCCACCAGCCAGCCACCCUGCAAAAAGCUGAUGGAGCUUAUAGAGCUGUCAGGAGGAAAAAUAUGUAAGGCCCUACGUCAGGCAAAAAUCUGCAUAGGAAAAUACCCAGGGAAGAAGUACCAGGAAAUAAAAUGUUUAUCAGAAAAAUGGAUUUUAGGUAAGAUGGAAUCACAGAAUCGCAGAAUGGCCCAGGUUGGAAGGGACCUCAAGGAUCAUGAAUCUCCAGCCCCCCUCCACAGGCAGGGCCACCAACCUCCCCAUUUAAUGCUAGACCAGGCUGCACUAUCCUUCAUAUACGCUAGACUUCAACACAUAUAAAACAUUCGGGGAUAUGUAUUCAAAAAUUGGCUGUAAAGAGUUUACUAAACAGAGGUUUUGGAGAGAAGGAAGCGAAAGCACUGUUACCAGCAGGCUCCCAGGAAGACUGUCUGCGUGGCGAGGACUUUCUGUUAAAACUAACACUACUUUAUGAUGAUCCUGCUAAACACCAUUGUAAUUUUACCAAGAAACAAUUUAAUCCAAAGAUUUUCAAAUUUAUCUUGUAUGUGACUGCUUCAUUUAGAACAAACUAGAAAUGGGAAAACUCCGUGCAGAAUUACUUUAAAAGGCACAUAUGCCGAUGAGCUGCAUGGAGCUGGAUGGGCCAAGCUGAGCCCAUCGGGGGAGCUGAAAAACUGUGUAUCCCUGUGUAUGCAGGGAGUCUCACACAUCAGAUAAAGGACUGAAUUCUUUGUGCCUUUCACAGAUUUCUCAGAUUCUGUUGCAUUCUGACAUGUGCUCUGUAUAAUUGCUGUAUUCUGCCCACGCAGACGGAUUUGACACGAUCAAUCUGCUGAACUUGUAAAACAUAAGUGUUUCUAUAUAAUACCUUACCAGGUACAGGUCCUUGAAACCUAGCCCCUUUCUCAGUAACAUAAUCAUAGAAUAAUAAAAGCAAUGACAGCCUGUCCCUACAAAUUGUCAUCUUAAUCAAAUAAAUCAAGCCAAAUCUGAAGUUUUGUCUUAUCUCUGACACCUCAGUGUUACGAUCCAGUACGUUUGUGGUUUUGUGCUGCAAGCACCAACUGCCAAUAGAUUCACUCAAAGGUGACCACAACAAAAAGCCAAUAGGUAAAUAAUGCUGCACCUUUGUUAAACUUAAGCAAAUUGUGUUUGCACUAUUAUCAUCUGACUGCAUUUACUUUUUCGUCUUUCUCUGUCUGUUUUAGAUCAGAAAUUGCUCUGAAAUACAUUACUGCUUUACAAUCUGUUUCUUGUGCACUUGAUCUCAAACAAUCCUGCCUUUUUAUUUCUUCUAGAUUCAAUCACUCAGCAUACAGUAUGUCCUAUGGAAAACUACAUUUUUCAGCUGUGAGCUAACUCAAGAGCUUCCAUAUGGCUGUAAGGAAACAAGCCCACUUUGGCCUCAACAGCUAAGCUGUGAAUAAAAUUUCUAAGAGAAUGCUAACUUCGUAUUUAUAAAAAUGUUUUUAUAUUUUUAUUAUUUCUGAAA